UAUCACAGUAAAAUGAACCUUUGUCGAAGGAUGAAAUAGGGCAUCACGUCACUGUAUCGUGAUUGAGGUUCAAUGACUGGUCGCCAAUCAAUAUCUGCUAAUUCAGCCUAUAUGCAGGAACAAGCGCCAUCCUCGACAAGCUCGGUACCCCUCGCCGAAAAGCUUAUUUACCCCACCUCAAACGCUCAUGGAUAAAUUAUUCUUCCACUCCACUUCCAAGAUAUUUUUUCACUCAUUCCGGACAGAUCUGCCAGCUGGCAACCGAAUGUCCGGUCGACCAUGCGAGCAUGAGUAUUCAUGCCUUCGGAACACUACUUGCAUCAAGAGCAGAUUGCUGCUUCCGUCAAAGACCGAUGUAGAUCAUUAUGACGGACAAAAGGAUACCACCCGGAGUUUGGAUAGAUUGGGAAUAGAGUUUCGUACCUGCGUCGAGGAUAACAGGCUGAGAUGUUCCGGAACUGGUAGUUCCUAAUUGCACCCAGUCCUCUUUCAUAGUACUGGCACGGGAUUUAUAGUCCAGCGGGGUAGGAUUGGGAAUGUAUAUAAAGCUGCGUGGCUCCAGAAUCCGGAUCAUUUCAAACGUCUUGCUUGCUGAUUUCUGUGUCAUUGGUUAACUUUGCACAUGAUGUUGUUUAAGCAACUCUUUUAUUUUGCUGUUCUUACUGUUCAUGUUGAGCGGUCGAAGGCCUCGAUUCAUAGGAGACAUGAUAGCAAUCAUUGGGUCGACACUUGGGUUAGCAUGCCGCAGCUCACCGAGCCUGCAAAUUUGCCUCCCGCGCCAUUCGUAAGUUAUCUAGACCUAUAUUAAAUGUCACCGAUGCCUGCUGAACCACCAUAGAACCAAACGGGAGCAGUUUUCGUGAACUCAACAAUUCGCCAAACACUACACAUGUCCAUUGGCGGUCCCUCCAUUCGAAUCCGUAUCUCGAACGCUUUCGGCGUAAGCGACCUCCCCAUUACAGCCGUGACCGUCGCUCUCCCUUUCAAUGGCUCUGCAGGUGUUGCAGCCAUUCAACCAAAUACCUUGAAAGCUGUCACCUUUUCGGGCAGAACCAAUUACACGAUUCCCAAUGGAGCCUUGGUCGUCUCAGAUCCGAUUGAUUUCAAGGUCGAGCCGCAGACCAUGUUAACCGUAACGAUAUAUCUGGCGGAUGGACAAAGGAGCUCUGCGAAUGCGAUUACGUCUCAUCCAGGAAGUCGCAUAGUCAGCUGGAUGAGUACUGGGAAUCAGGUUUCGGCGACGGAUAUCACGGAUUCCAGCUCGGCUAAUGUAGCUCAUUGGUAUUUUGUGAGUGCUGUUGAAGUAUAUGUGCCGAAGAGCACGCGUGCAUUUGUGAUUGUUGGUGACAGCAUCACAGAUGGCCGCGGAAGUGACAACAAUCAGAAUAAUCGUUGGCCUGACUUGGUCCUCCGAAAAAUGCAGACUCGCCACUCGACUUCAGACAUUGCGGUGCUCAACCAAGCCGCAGGUGGGAACCGAAUCUUAUACGACGGUCUUGGUCCGAAUGCCCUCUCCCGAAUCGAUCGGGAUGUUCUCUCCCACUCCGGAAUCGAAUACGCCAUGAUAUUCGAAGGCGUAAAUGAUAUCGGAACAGGUGCCACAGACGCCGCAGCACAAAAAGCUAUCGGGGAUCGACUCAUCGCAGCGUUCAUUCAGAUCGCUAUUCGCAUCAAGACAUUCGACAUUCCUGUCUUCGCCGCAACGAUUACUCCGUUCAGCGCUCCAGGCUAUAACGUCACGGUACAAGGGUACAGUGACCCAGAGAGGGAGAAGACGAGACAGAGGGUUAAUGAGUGGAUUCGGAAGAGCAGAACCUUUGAUGAGGUGUUAGAUUUUGAUGAGUGGUUGAGGAACGAGACGUAUCCGAGUCAGUUGGCCGAUGCAUUACAAGGUGGUGAUUAUUUGCAUCCGAAUGGGAAGGGGUAUGCGAGAAUUGCGGAGUUAUUCCCUCUUGAUAUCUUUUGAGAUAUGGGGGAGGACACAUAUACAAUACCGAUGAGAAACAUUGUGUAGAAGUCUUAACAACGCUCUCAUACCGUAUGGCAUUGUUCUAUUCGAGAAAAAUGGGGCACUGACCAACCAAAGAAAGUCAUGUUCGAAAACCUCGAAAACCUGCAAUGCUAUCAUUCAUUUCCCCACUGAAUUAUUUGUUUACUUCUCUGCAGAAGCCUA